GAUAUCGAUACUGGAAUCGAACAAAACCUCAUAGAAUAUCAUCAUCGUCUCUUCAUUUUCCCAAUCGAAAUGGUCAAAUUGUGCCAGUAUUCAUACUGGCUAUUUGCAUGAAUUACAGUAUGCUCAAGAAGUCGGGAAUUUUGAUUUCAUCGUGCAGCAAUUUGCAAUGCUAUUAUGCAUUUCCCCGAACAUCAUCGACGUCACUAUCUCAUUCCCUCUUCACAUCCCGAAACCAUCAACCACAACAUCGCUCACAACGACAACACUAUGCCAUAGUGUCCGACGGCAGAAGUGCAAAUCAACAUGGAGGAUUACAAUGGCCUGAAAUGACAUCCGCAUAUGCGGUUCCAACACCCUACCAAAUCUUCAAUCAAAAGAAAGGAUCUCCAUAUUCUAAACGACGUUUUUACGAAUUGGUUAAACUUUAUCAUCCAGAUAAACAUGGCAUCGAUACAAAUGAUGGAUUGGAUUACGAUACGAAACUAUCGCGAUACAGAUUAAUCAUUGCAGCCAACGACAUACUUUCAGAUCCCGUCAAACGAAGUGCAUACGAUACAUAUGGAGCAGGUUGGAACGGACGACCCGAAGUCCUCGACCCCCGCGAUAAACAUGGUGAUAAUCACGGGUGGGCAGGCCCGGGUGGCCCAAGUCAAAAUGCUACAUGGGAAGAUUGGGAGAAAUGGUAUAGCCGCGAUGUCAAGGGAGAACAGAAACCCCAAUUCGUAUCAAAUGGUGCAUUUGUCUUGUUGAUUGCAAUUUUUGUUGCGGUAGGAGGAUUGGGACAAUUAACGAGGCUGGAUAAUUAUUCGGCAAAAUUCUUGGAACAGAGAGAUACAUUACAUGACAAGAUGAGUAAGGAUUUGAGGCAGAGAAGGAAAGAGACGAGAUACACUUUUGGGAGUAGAGAGGAGAGAAUACAUAGCUUCUUGAGACAGAGGCAGGACCCGAAGGAAGAAACCUAUAGGAAAUUGUUGCCGAAUCCAGAAGUUUGCUCAAGCGAAGAUAUCAAAGGGAGAUCGAUGGUGGUUUAUCAGUCGCCCAAGAAUAUGCCAAAGGAGCGAUGAGAUGGGUACAUAUAUGGUCACGGCAGGAUAGAAGAAAUGGAUACAGCAGCUUCAGCCACGAUGCCCAUCUGUGGCGCCACGAAAGCCAAGAUACAGUGGAGAGUAAAUGUGGACUUAUACGAGGCUGAGAGAUAUUUGUUCCCUUAGAUGUUUGCAUGUUAAGCGUUUGAGUUCUUAUGUGAGCGGAACAGGAGCAAUGGGGUGGCAUCCACUUGCGCGUAUUCCGGACGAAUCUAGCUUUACCAACCUAAUUAUCACUCGCAGCAAGACUAAAGUGGUUGAGCCAGAAACCACAGAUGUACAGAAUCAAUCAAUAACUCCAACGAAACAAAACA